AUGGCGGGCCCCACAAGUUUGGUGCGUUCCCGCGUAUCGGUGGUUUCCACCACCCUCAAAAUCUCAAAAACGUUUCCGCGUCCUCCGAUACAAAGCCAGCCAGAUAUCCGAUUUAUAUAUCUCCACAGCUUUCAGUCACCACAUCAGUCUCACCAAAAAAGACGAACUUUUCUGAUCAUGGGAAAGAAGAACGGGUCACCCGCCGCCUACCGGCGUCCAUGGCGCCUCCUCCGGCUUGCCCUUUUCUGGGCCCGAAAAGGCGCCGCAUUCAAGCAGCGUAUCUUCCUCAACUUUAAGAACCUCCGCCGUGCCGAUCGGCUACAUUACUGGGAGCGAGAAUUCUCCUUCGAUGACACUCCUGCAUUCCACUUCAAGAUUAACCGCCCCGCUUCGCUCCGCCUCCCUCGAAUCCCCUGCAUCACGCCAUCCUUUAGCUUCGAUGAUGACGAGGAAUUCUUCGUUGAGAGAUCUAAGGCCAUGAAACUCUUGGAGGCUGGAUUUGGUAUGGAGGAUCAGCAUAACGAUGAAAUAGAUUUAGAAAUUUCGUCGUCAAUAUUGGACACGGGAGCGGUGGAAAAAGCGGAGCUGGAAGAACAGGAAAUAGAUUCAAGAGCGGAAAACUUCAUCAUGGAGUUCUACGAACAAAUUAAGCUGCAGCGGCAGAUAUCAUAUUUGCAGUACAAUGAGAUGCUUGAUAGAGGAUUGACCUCUUAAUUAAAUUGCUACAUUUUGUUUGACAAAAUUGUUCGG